AUGAAGGCUCUUCCACUUUGGCUUGUAACAUGCACAGCUGUUUCGAGCGCUCUUUCCAUCCACCCAGAGACAGACAAUGAAGAUGAUGCAAAGCUUGUACAGAACUAUUUGAAUAAAUUCUAUGCUGUUGACCCAGAUCCAAAUCAACUUGGAUGGAAAAUAAACGCUGAAUCCACAGAUGCAAAACUUCAGAAAAUGCAACAAUUUUUUGGUUUGAAAGUGACUGGAAAACUGGAUAAUGAGACAUUGGAAAUGAUGAAGAAACCCAGGUGUGGAGUUCCUGAUGUGGGUUUCUAUGGCUUUACUCUGCCUGGAUGGAAAAAAAACAAACUGACAUACAGAAUUGUGAACUACACACCAGAUAUGAGCAAGGAGAAUGUGGAUAAAGCAAUUGAGAAGGCAUUUAAAGUGUGGAGUGCUGUCACCCCGCUGGUUCACUCGCAUAAGGGAAUAGCAGAUAUAAUGAUUGCUUUUGGGACCAAAGUUCAUGGACAUUGCCCUCGUUAUUUUGAUGGCCCCCUUGGAGUUCUUGCUCAUGCCUUUCCACCUGGCAAUGGUUUAGGCGGUGAUGUGCACUUUGAUGAGGAUGAAGACUGGACCACAGGCUCAGCUGGGUUCAACUUGUUCCUUGUUGCUGCUCACGAGUUUGGCCAUGCCCUGGGUCUCUCCCAUUCUAAUGAUCAGAGGGCUCUCAUGUUUCCCAAUUAUGCCUACAUCAGCCCCAGUGAAUUCCCUCUUUCUCCAGAUGAUAUAAGUGCCAUUCAGUCCAUUUAUGGAUCCCUACCAAGCAACCCAGAUAAAAGGCCAGCUACCCCUACCUCACCUAAAAUCUGUGGCUCCCAGAUGUCUUUUGAUGCUAUAACUACAUUCCGACAAGAAAUCAUUUUUCUAAAGGGCAGGCACUUAUGGCGGGUAUAUCCUGAUAACUCAGAAGCUGAGAGAGAAUUAAUUUCUGCCUUCUGGCCAAAUCUGACUCCUGGUAUUGAAGCUGCAUAUGAGAACACAAAAGAUCAGAUCCUAGUUUUCAAAGGCAACAAAUUCUGGGUUAUCAGUGGAUAUCAGGUAUUGGUUGGUUAUCCAAAGAAUAUCAACACACUGGGCUUCCCUAAAGGUGUCAAGAAAGUUGAUGCAGCUGUUUGUAAUAAAAAUACAGGGAAGACAGACUUUUUCAUAGGUGACAAGUACUGGAGGUUUGAUGAAAACAGCCAGACCAUGGAGAAGGGUUAUCCUAGACUGACAGUUGCUGAAUUUCCAGGAAUUACUCAGAGGGUUGAUGCUGUUUUUCAGCAGAAAGGAUUGUUCUACUUCUUCCAUGGAUCAAAACAGUGGGAGUUUGAUCCUAUUGCUAAACAAGUUAUCAGAGAAAUGAGGAGUAACAGCUGGUUUAACUGUUAG